GUCAGUUCGUGUGCUGAGUGCUCCAGUGGCUGUCUGCCUCAGGCCCGUCCAGCGAACAGGUCGCCGCACUACAGCUCAGGAUGAGAUGUGUGACCCCCCCGAUCUCCCGACUUGUGUGGGUGUCACUGCGCCCAGUGUCUUCCCAUCACCAGGACCUCACAGCUCUCCAGUGUGGUGCAGACGAGUUGGCUACAGCUCGGCCCUACAGCGAGGUGCCUGGGCCCACGCCUCUGCCCCUCAUCGGGAACACGUGGCGUCUGCUCCCCAUUAUCGGUCAGCACCGGGUGGCGGAUCUCGCCAAAUGCUCCGCGCAGUUCCGCGCCCAAUAUGGCAACAUCGUCAAGUUGUCCGGUCUCGUGGGGCGUCCGGACCUGCUCUUCGUGUACGACGCCGAUGCCAUAGAAAAGGUUUAUCGUGGUGAGGGCCCGACGCCAUUCCGCCCCUCCAUGCCCUGCCUCGUCUACUACAAGAGCGUCGUUCGCAAGGACUUCUUCGGGGCGCUUCCAGGUGUCGUGGGUGUGCACGGGGAGCAAUGGCGAGUGUUCCGCACCAAAGUGCAGAAACCCAUCCUGCAGCUGCACACGGUCAGGAAGUACAUCCAGCCCAUUGAGGAGGUGACGCAGUACUUCAUACAGAGGAUGUGCGAAAUGAGGGACGAGAGGAAGGAGUUGCCAGCCGACUUUGACAAUGAAAUUCACAAGUGGUCACUGGAAUGUAUCGGAAGGGUGGCCCUGGACGUGCGACUGGGCUGUCUGCGCCCCAACUUGCCCAGGGACUCUGAGCCCCAGAAGAUCAUAGACGCUGCGAAGUACGCGCUGCGGAACGUGGCUAUCCUGGAGCUGAAGGCUCCCUUCUGGCGCUACGUGCCCACACCACUGUGGACCAGAUACGUGCGAAACAUGGACUACUUCAUACAGGUGUGCACGAAGUACAUCGACGCCGCCGUCGAGCGCCUCAAGACGAAGCGCUCUGUGGUCGAGAGCGACCUGUCGCUGCUGGAGCGUAUCCUAGCUGCGGAGGCCGACCCCAAAACCGCCUACAUAUUUGCUCUGGACCUGAUACUCGUCGGCAUAGACACCAUCUCUAUGGCUGUAUGCUCCAUCUUGUAUCAACUAGCGACACGACCGGACGAGCAGGAAAAGAUUCACGAGGAACUGUUACGAGUGCUGCCAUCUGUCGACACUCCGCUCACCUCGAGACAUCUGGACCAGAUGCUGUAUCUCCGCGCGUUCGUUAAGGAAGUCUUCAGGAUGUACUCUACAGUGAUCGGCAACGGGCGCACCCUGCAGAGCGACACGGUCAUAAGCGGCUACCGCAUACCGAAAGGGGUGCAGGUGGUGUUCCCCACCAUCGUGACAGGCAACAUGGAGGAGCACGUGAACAGGGCAGCAGAGUUUCUGCCCGAAAGGUGGCUGAAGGGUCCCGGUGACUCGCAGUACCGCAUUCACCCGUUCGCGUCACUACCCUAUGGACAUGGCGCGAGGAUGUGCCUAGGACGGCGGUUCGCCGACCUCGAAAUUCAGAUUCUCUUAGCAAAGCUUAUCCGGUCAUAUCGCCUGGAAUAUCAUCACAAGCCGCUGGAAUACAAAGUGACCUUCAUGUACGCCCCAGACGGCAAUCUGACGUUGAGGUUAAUUCCGAGAUAGAGGUGUCAAUGGCCAGGAAGCGACGUUCUGCUGACGGGGGUCAACAACGGAUGGCGCGUCGAACUGUCACCCAAAUAUUCUUCCCCUGAAGUCCGGAGUUCAGAGAUUCUCCCGUUCUGCCAUGCGAGUGUCAUUAGAAGUGAAACCCAGCGCAGGACGGAACUAAAUGUGCCCAAGAAAACAUUUGGGCUUAUAAAGGGCAACAUAGAAUAUUAAACUAACUAACCAAUCAACCUCAAGAAGCAACGUCCUUGAGAAACCGCUAACGGGUCACAUGGCCAGACAGUUGGCCGUGAAUAUUACUGACCUAUGGACCGUCAUGCCGGGUGGUCAAGUACAAUCGAACCAAAAUUUCUGAGCAACUGACUGCCUACAUCUUCAGGGUAUAGGUGUAACACACAAGGCCACAGGAUGUCAUACCUUGUAAGCCACUACUCUUCACAUUGAUGGCAUUAUCCGGAGUUCAUCGCCGUGGUCGCAACAGCCCUCCACUGAUUCCUAUCCCAAGUGAAAUUAAUGCAGCCCAUACCCUCCCAUCACACUUCCCUCAGAUCUGCCUUAAUGUUAUCCUUUCGUCUUCCUGGCGGUCUCUUCACUCACGUCUUAGAUCAAAACUCUGUGUGCAGUUUCAGCUCUCCACUGCGUGCUACAUAGUCCGCCUAUCUAUUAGGCACAUGUCGGGACAGAAUCUCAAUUAAGCCACGAAAGCUUCCUUUCAGAUCCCUUUCGAUUCAUCGUUCAUUCGAUGCUAUAUACCGUAGUCUACGUAGUGACAGAGUUGAUGAGCGCAAACACGCCAUUCGCGUGCACAAACACGAACAAAAAUAAACUGUUUUCAAAAUAAUAGUUUCGAUCGAACGUUUGAGAAUUCGUUAUUAACUGCCUCAAGCAUUCAGUGCCUAUUCGACAGAAGACACGAUUUCGCCAUUAGAAAUCUAAACCGGUUAAUGCUGUUUAGGGAAAGAGUCGCUGUUUAUUGUGAGAACCAUA